UGAUACGCCAUAAAAACUGUUUGAAAAAGAAAAACAGUUGUAACUGUUAACAUCCACUCGUAAUCGAUGGUAUAUAUUUUGUUUACGUUCAUUUUUAAUUAUUUGCAACGAAAAUUUCAUCGUUUCGAUGUUAAAAAUGUCUAAAAAGUCGCGUACAAGUGUAUCGAGUGGUAGAAAAACACUUCUAAAGUGAUAAAAACACACACCAACCAGGCCAAGUAAAAUCUUAGCUAAUAGUGAAAUUUUUUCAUCAUAGUUUACAUCCGAGGUAUAGAUAAUUUGGCUGGAUAUUUUUUUUUUACCAAAUAUAAAUUAAUCUUAGCCUAUAAAUGCGAGCACGAAAUUCGUAUAAAUAAUCGGUGGUACUAUCGAAAUAUCGUCAUGUAUUCGUGGUGUUUUCAUCUACGCUAAUAGUUAGUUAUACCUAAAGGUGCAUUAUUCAAAACACAUAAACAUCGAAAAGAUGAUGGACCUAACAAACGUAAAAGACAUCGAAGAGCUGGUCAUUUGCAACCUAUGCAAACAGAAGUUCAACCACCUGGACUUCAUACCGAAACUAUUAACUUGUAAACAUUAUUUUUGUCUAUCGUGUAUACGUUCGACGAUGAUGAAAGGUAUGGAGGUAUUCUGCGUGAAUUGCUGGAAGCGGACUGAAUUAGAAGAACAAGACCCCGAAGUGUUACCUACGUAUAAUCCAGUAUUGGUUUUAUCCACCAGUUUAUCGAAUAUUAAAAAUUCCAUUAAUGGAGGCAACAACGUUCCUACAGUUAACCACGAGAGUAUACCGCCGGAUAAGGAUAAAAAAAUUUUAUGUUUGCAGAUGGACACGUGUCACGCUCACAGUAUGCCGUUAUCACUCUGGUGUCAUACUUGCUUCAUUUCGAUAUGUCGUUUGUGCGCAUCGCAGCCGGAACAAAUGCAUCUAACACACCAAAUAAUGUCUCAAGAAGAAGCCAAAGAAAAAUUAAUAUCAGAGGUGCAAACGGAAACAGUGGCCAUAGCCAAGCUGGUAAACGAGGUGCAGCGUUUAGUCUCGCAACAACGACAAUUCCUGCUAAAAGUGCACGAAGCCUGCAUAACGUUGAAAGCUUUCAUCGAAACCGAUCUGCAAAACGGUCUAAUCGUUAUACCGGAAGUAGACGAAGCUCGAACACUCCUAAACCGUACGCAAAUCGAUCUGGGCCGAUUGGACGAGCUGAACGACGUCCAGCUCCUCUACUCGAAUCUGGUACUGGAGAAACAAAAGCUGCAAACCAAAUGCCAAGAGAUGUACAUGCAGUGUCGUAUGGAUGCGCUGAUACGAAACGCCAACGUAGUAUUCGAUUUCAGCCUGAUCAGGCACGUGCUGGAUAAUCUGAAUUCGCCCGAUUCCAGCAUCUCGCAGCAGCUCUCGCAACACCAGACGAACGGCGCGCCUUUGAACAAUCCUAUCCUAUUUCUAGCCAACUACUGUAUGUCGCAGCUGUACUCGCGACACGUGGUCUCCAAACAGCAACAACAGCAGCAGCAGCAGCAACAGCAUCGUCAGUGUUUGCAGCAGAAUGGUAUUGGUUCAGGAGUGGAGUUCGUCUCGGUCAAAUCGCCUUCGCUGACACCGAGUCUGUACGGUGGAGGUGGUCCGGCAUCGACCACAGGGGCAGAGAAUUGCGCCACUACUUUGCUAGCCUUUAACCCAACCAUACAACCGUUACCUCCUCUGCAGCAGCAGCCGACAGCCGCAGCAUUGACCAUGCAAACGAUAAGUCCGUCAUUUGUCAUAUUCUACUUCAACGUCGAAGUGAACGGAUCACCUUUCGGGCGUAUUUUGAUCGAGACCAGGCCGGACGUGGCUCCCAAAAUGGUACGCAAUUUCUCGGCGCUGGCCAGCGGUGAGAUGGGCUUCGGCUACAAGGGGUGUCUGGUGUUCCAAUGUUGGGCCGGCGAGUCCAUAAUUACCGGUGAUUUCGAGCUGAACAACGGUCGCGGCGGCAGAUCCAUCUACGAAGAAGGAUUCUUCAUUCCGGACGAUACGAAAUUCCCAGCUACCAGAGGAGCGGUGGGUAUGCGACGAACGCAGAAGAAACACGAUAGCUUGGGCAUGGUCGGAUCCCAGUUCCGAAUCAUUCUGCAGGAGAUGAAAGGCUUCACAGCCAUAUUCGGUCACGUAGUCGAAGGUCUAGAUUUAAUCGAGAAAAUCGCCACCUUCGGCGACCUAGCCGGCAAACCAACGAAAUCCAUAGUUAUAGCCAGCUGCGGUAAAUUAUAAUAUCCUUCAGUCAUCAGCAGUGCUGCUUCGAAAAAUUUAUAAUCGCCCGAGCUUAAUAAUUACACAAAAUACAUACAAUUUUCUUCGUACUUCUCAUUUACUACCUAUUAUUCGAGAGAGAUAUUCCAACUCUCCUACUUUCUGGUCUCAUCCUAUUUAUCUCUAUAUCCUGCUCCUUUAUACCUACCUACUACAUACCAUAUAAUCGACACACAUUAUCCAACCAUACAGUACAUAUACGUACAUAUAAUAUAGGUAAUUUUUUUUCUUUUCUAGCCGCGCCAUGCUCUUUAUUACAAAAGCUUUACUAUUAUUACUCGUACGUAUAUAAAAUUGUGUAUUAUCGAGAGAGACAAUUUUGUUCAUUAUCAUUCUACAUUUUUUCCCUUCAUUUUUAUUCUAUCAUAUUUUUGUUUUGUUUUCGGAGUUCGAUGAAUCGGUCAUCGAACAAGACCACACAACAUAACACGCCAAUAUUUGCUUCUUUAUCUCUCUCUCUUUCUCUAAGUAUAUAUUUUUUAUUCCGUACUUAAAUAUUCCUCCGGGGCGAAUUCGCGACCAACGCCAUUUAAUUGAUACUAUACGAAUGAACGGAUAAACGCGUUUGUUUUAUCGUAUUAUAUUAAUAAUAAUAAUAUAGGGAUUAUUGUUCUUUUAAUAUUAUAAUAUAUUUUGUUGUAUGUACUUUGAUCUCAGAAACCGCGCGAAUCCGCGACCACGAACCGUUUACCUUAUACCAAGAUCCUCGAAUCGAAUCGUCGCGUGUAAUUUCCUUUUUCCUUUCGAUUUUUUUGCGUGUUAAUUUUUCGUUUCUACUAAGACGUUAGUAGUUGUAUAAUCGUGUACCGGUGGCAUUGUAUGUGUGUAUAAUUUGUAUUACGAUAUCAAGUAUGUAAUAUGCGCUAUUAAAUAUAUUAUGUAAUGUAUGUAUUCCAAAUACCUAUAAUAUUGAUCGAAUAAUUGAAAAAAAAAAAUCUCAACUUUUUUGGCUAUUAAAUUACGUGAACGUUUGAUGAGAACCUCGAGUGAGGAAUGAAAAAUUUCGAAAUUUGUUCAAGUGAAAUAAUACUUGAUUUUUUUUGGCAAAAAUUGGCUUAAAUCAUUUGACCAAAUCGUAUGAACAAUCAUUUCAAGAUGAAAAUUACAAAUAUUUCAAAAAUUCGACUCUGCUUCACCCUCCCCCUAACCCUCCCUCCUCUUCAAGAUAAACGAUGAUUUCCACGUACCAAUGUUAGAAUGCAAAUAUUUCAAAAUCAAAACAUAAAAGAUGUAAUUUUUUUCAGUAACCCUAAAUCUGAAUACAAUAAAUUCAAAACUCCAAAAAAUGAAACAAUCAAUUUGUCCCCUCCCCCACUUCUUCGUUAAGCUGAAAUUCAUUUAAUCCAAAUCAGUUGUAAUGACUUUGACUUUUUAAAAAAAAUUUAAAAAAGAACGUUGAAGAUUUUUUUUUUUUUAAAUCCCAAUUUUAUUGAUCAAAAUUACGUACAAAUAUGUACAAUUUGAAAAAAAUCAGACCACCCACAAUAAAAAUCUGAUUGGGAUUUCCUUUAAGUAAAUUUUUUUUGAAAUUGAUCUUGAAAAAGCAAAACUCACAAAAUGAGACAUGGACAUUUAUUUUUAAAGUGACAAAAUUUUAAAUUUUUCAUUCAAAAAAUUAAUGUAAUUGGGUGUUUUUUUAAAAAUAUCAAAGAGUGAAAUUCGCGAUGGUUUUUUUAGUAGGGGGGGGGGUCAGAUCUCGAGGAAUUAUUAUUUUUACAUACCAUAACCCCCCCCCCCCUUUGACCGUUCUUUGAAUACAUUAUAGAAAAAUAAACUCUGAAAAAAGGCUCCCAUGCAUCUCUCAAGUUGUUAGAUUUUAUGAGAAAAUACUUCCAUAUUUUUCCCCCUCAGGUUCAAAAAGUUUUUUAUAGAUUUCAAUUUUUUAUUUCUUAUUUUGUUUUUGUUUUUUUUUUCAAUUUUUGGGGCCUUUACCUAUACAUAUAAAUAGGACUAACAUUAUUUUGGGGACCGAGAAACGAUUUUUCUUAAAAAUGAGUUUAUUAAAAAAAUUCUGACACAGAAAUGUGAAAUUUUCAACCUAAAAUGAAAGCCUGACAAAAUAAGAAAAAGUUGUUUUUAAAAGUUUGACAUAAUUUUAGCAAUUCUAUGAUUUUUUUCAACAUGUUUGAGAAAUUAAUCAAAAUUUUUUCAUGUUUUCAGGUCUUAUACUUAUAACUUCAAGAAUUGACCGAAAUUUUUUUCAAGUUUUCAAAAAUCAAAUUAUUCCCCCACUUUACGGUUGUAAUAAUUUUGUAAUUAUAAACACCCCCCCCCCCCAAAAUGUCAGAAAGUGAUCAUUUUUAGGCGAGAUUUUUUUCUCGAAAAGGGAAUUAUCAGAAGAAUUUUGACCCAGAAAAGAAAAAAUUUUCACAAAAAUUAGAUUUUUUCAACUUCGGAGGAGGAGAAGCUUCCAAGCACAACUGAUUUCAAGUUUGAGGCCAAAAAAUCUUUUUCUUCAGUUUUUUUUCACCAUAAAACCGAACAUCAUUUUUGAGGGGAUGUUUUUUUCUUGAAAAGCGAAUUAUUUCAAAAGAAUUUCGACACAAAAAUUGGAUUUUUCAACUUUUUUGAGAAAGGGAGGGGGAGGGAGCUUCCAGGCACAACUUGAUUUCAAGUUUGGGGGAAAAAACCUUCAAUUUUUCAAUUUUUUUCACCAUAAAACCAAACAUAAUUUUUUAGGGAGGGGGGGGUCUUGAAAAAGGAAUCAUUCAGAUAGAAAAAAUUUCACAAAAAUUGGAGUUUUCCAACUUGAGGGGGGGGGGGGCGGGCGCGAAGCUUCCAGGCACAACUUGAUUUCAAGUUUGAGGGCAAAAAAUCUUCAAAGUUUUUUUUCACCAUAAAACCGAACAACUUUGGGGCUUGAGAGAAUGAAAAAAAAGUCUAAAAAUGUUCACAAAAAUUGAUAAGAAUCUUCCUAAUAUUCAUUUCAAGCUUCAAAACGACCAAAAUUGUCACAAAAACUUCCAAAAUGGCCAAAUUUUGAGAUACAUAUUAGAAAAUGAACAGUCAAAUUUUUAGCAAAAUUUUAUUAUUUAAAAAAUUAAAAACUAGAUUUUUCAGUGUAGAUUGAAACAUUCUAGAUAUUUCAAUACUUCUCAACCUGUUUUCAAAAUCUCGAACUGACAGAGACAAUUUUAGCAAAAUCUGACGCCCCCCUCCCCUCAAUCCACCAACAAUUAAAAGCAUGUGUAACAAAAGUUAUUUCUUGACAUUUUUCCUACGAUUUCACUUCCUACAAAAAUUUAUGUAAUUUGAAGCAACCUUUGGCUCGAAAUUUUGAAAAUAUCCCUCAAAAAAUCAUGAAUUUUUCAAUUUUUAAUUUUUAAUGAAAAGUUUCAAGAAUACAGCAAAGUUUCUCUUCAUAAAAAGAGUUCAUAACGAAAUUUCCUUUCAAAUGAGGUACAUAUCGACCAUCCCCCCACUUAGGGGGCACUCACCUCACUUCACCUCACCUUCGCAUUCCAAAUAUUGGCCACAAAAAAUUCAAUUAUAAACACCCCCCCCCAAAAAAAAAAAAGUUGAUAACAAAUCACGAUAGUAAAAUUUAAUUAGGAUGUAUAUUUUUUCAAACUCCUCAUAGUAAAAUUUAUUGCCCCAAAAACGGCAAAAACAGACUUUCAAUCUACUUUUUUUUUGAAAAACUUUGACAAUUCAUCAUCAUAACCGAAAAUUUCCACAUCACGAUAAAAUUGUAGAAAAAAGGACGAAAUAAUGUGGAAGAAGGGGGAGAGGAGAAUUUCGAUCCAGGAAAAAUUUAAUUUCGAGAUUUGAAAUUCUGAAAAAAAAAUUGGUUGAAACCAAUAUUUUCAAAAAAUAAAACACGAAGGGCAAAGAUGGAAAAAAUUUAAAAAUUAGUUGCAAUUUUGUUUUGAAAUUUGAAGGUGAAAAUAAGACAUAAAUUUUUGUGAGGGAAAUUUUGAUUCUGCAGUUUUCUACUUUUGAUUAAGACUAUAAAACUGGAUUUUCAAACGAAAAACUUGAAAAAACGUCAAGUUCUUAUUCAACAUUAUUUAGAGAAUUUUCUUCAGUUUUUCAAAAAUUCCAGGAUUGAAGUCGAAUAAAUAAAUCAAUUUAAUGCAGUUUCACGAGACUUGUGAUUUUACUAACUCGAAAUUCUAAAAUUAAAAUUUUCGAAUUCGAAACCCCUCGUCUUCUCCUUCCCCCCAUCCCCCCUUAUAAAACUCACCCCCAUUUCUGCUUCAAAGAGCAAUACACCUCAAAAAUGUAAAAAAAUUAUGGAUAAAUUUUGAAAAUGAAACAAAGUAUCCAGAAUUUGAAUUUUCUUUCGAGUGAAAUUGUACCUAAAUUAAUUUUCCAAAUAAUUCUUUACCCCCCCCCCCUCCUCUUGACCAUAACCAACAUCUAAAUCAUGAAUUUUUCAACGAUAUUUUCGAGAAAAAAAUUUCGUUGAGUGUCCUGAAACUAAAAUAAAGUUUUCAAGAUAUGAUUUUUGUAGGGAUAUUUAAGGGUUGCUUCAAAUAAGAUUUUUAUGAGAAGUGCAGGCUAAUUGUAGAAGAGAUAUGUUGAUGAAUAACUUCUAUUCAAAAAUUUUUGGCAUAUUUCAUAGAAAAGGUGGAAAAUUGAGGGUAAAUCCUUAGAAACUUGAAGGAGAAAGGGGAAAAUUUACACCUCGACUAGAUUCUAAAACUAAUCUAUGCAAUAAAAUUCAAGACAUUUCAACAGUCUGGAUGAUUUUUUUUAAUGGUCAGAUGAACAAAGUUGAAAUCAUUUUACGAAAAGCUUUAUUUUUUCAAUUUUCAAUUUUUUCUCUCUAAUUCGCGAUUUUUUGAAACAAAAUACAAAUAUAAAUCCGUUUAUCGUCAUUUUAGUCGCACUCGCUUACGCAUUUUCAAUCAAGGCUAAAAUUUUGAUACAUUUCAUCACUUUUCGAGUUUGUUAUAAAUUACUAAAAUAUUUCCUAUCGUUGACCUAAAAACUGCAACCAAACGACUUAUUCCUUUUUUUUCUCCAUGGAAAUAACGAACAUAAUCUUUUUUUUUUCUUUACGUAUGUUUUAUCAUAUUUUACUGUUAUUAUGUUAUAAUAAUAUACAAUUCGUAUAACGUUCGCAUUACCAUAAUAUAAUAUAAUAUUAACGUACCGCUCUAUAAAGAAGCGGUAUUUUCAUUUGUUUUGUUCUUUUUAAUUUAUCUUUCUUUUUUUUUCAGCUUUUAAUUAUGUACUAUUUUAAUAUGAUUGUAUUAAUUCGUUAAGCGUAUAAUGGUUUUAUUAUUAAUUUUAUUCGAUGUAGUGAUGGCAACUAUUUUUUUCCUUUCGUUCUUUUUUUUCUCGUUUCGAUUAAAUUAUACACGAAUUUUACUAUAAUAAUGCGGCAUUUAAGAUUUUUAAAUGUACAUAUUCACGUCACGGGGCGACAUAUUUUAAUAUUCCAAAGCACAACGUACGAUGUACCUUUUCUUAAAUAUUUUUUUUUUCCUCCUCCAUUUUAUAUUCUAGAUUUUACGAGGGGUACUUAUUAUUAUUAUUAUAGUUUUAUAUAUCGAUGACGAUGAUGAUCGGGUUCCAAAGAACGUAAUUUUUGUAUAAUUUUCAACAUCGGUGUGCUUGUUUUUCGAUUUUAUAGUGUUAUGGUUUCGGUUAUUCGAGGGUAAUUUUUUUUAUUUGUGAGUGUUCUUUUUUGAAUUGAGACGAUCACGAACGCGAUUGAAAUCGAAGUGAAGAAAAUGACCCCGAUUUGGCUCGUCCAUAGCUAAAUUUCGAGUUUAGUUGGCCAAAUACCUACUAGCGUAAAGCCUUCUAUGGUAAAAUGAUCUUGAAUACGAGAGACGUCUAGUUAGCGGUGCAAAGUGAACAAUUUGGCCUUUGGGAUUUGUGGGGCAGCCCUCUUUGCCACCGCUAGCGCUAUUUAAGUUACCACAUUUUACCUAGCCGUCCGCGUUUAUUUAGGUUUUUCCGAGCGAAAUUUUGCUUUUAGGAGCUUUCGAGUUGGCCCUCGUCCCCUUCCCCCCUCACUAUUCCGCCUGUUCUCGUUUCGUUAGUUGCCUUUGUAAUUUAAUUCUAAGUUGUGUAUACAUCUUUUAUGUAUUGGUGUACGAAUGUAAGCGUUUUUACGAGUGUAAUACCUACUUAUUUAGUAAGCUGUGUUGUUAUACGCUUAAGUUUUAGUAAAAUUAAAUGUCUCGUAUUUUAUCCCCCGCCCGGGCCCCCGGUUUCUUACGCCCUAUUAUUCCUAUUUUUUCUGCCCGAUUUUUUUUCUCGCGCUUCUUAUGUUUCUUUUAUAUAAAUAUCUAAUAUUUAAAAAAUGUUGUAUUACGAACGCGAUAAAGAUAUAAAAUUUCGAGCUAUAGUGAAUUCAAUAGAAUCCAAUUUCGUUUCCUUUUUUCACCCCUUUUUCACCACAACUCGGUACGAGCCUUUUUCUGAUUACUUCUUUAAUGAUGAAAAAUUAAAAAAAUAAAUAAAUGUGCCCAUAUUUCUCUCACUUUAUGGACCAUUGGACCAUGUAAAAAACAAAAUUGAUUUUUUGCCGAUUAUUCAAGUUUUUGGGUUGAAUUUCUCCUCUUUAAAAUAUCAGAUUUGCAGGUAAAACUACCAAUUCGUACACAUAUUGAAUUUACUAUACUCGUUAUUUAUAUAUUGAAUGUACCUUAAGGAAACGUAAAUACGAUAUACGUUAAAAAGUAUUUAAGUCGAUGCGAUAGAAACGAUUUUUUUAAACGCGGUUAUAACGAUUAUAUGACGAUUUUUGUCCUUUUUUUUUCUCUUUUUUUUCUUUUUUUUGUUAGUUACAUUAUUAUAGUACUACGUACGUUUUAGAUUAAUUAUUAGAAAAAUCAUUAUUUUAAUUGAAUUUUUAUUUCGUAUUUGAAUAAAUAGCUGGCCUACGCGUUUUAA